ACAAACAUGCAAACAGAAACUUCUAUUUCAAAAUCAACAGAAAUACAAACAGAUGUCCCAAAACCAACCUUCACAGAAUCAUAUACAAGUGAAGGCACAACUCUUCAACCACCGGCCACAGCAUCCACAAAUGUGUCAGCCACAUCUGUAACAAGACAAGCAACCAAGAAGGAAGGUAGCACUAUUGAUCGGUUUACACAAGAAUUGACAAAAUCUGCAGGAUCUGUGACAACUACUUCAGUAACAGCAACUCAGGCCAUGCCAUCUAUAGCAAAAUCAACUAUGACACAAAACACUUCAUUGGAAACAUUUCAGAGUACACCUGAGGGAACAACGGAAUCACCAAAACGUAUGGCUUUUCUAACAGGAUCUACCACAUCAGAAAUGGCACCAUCAAAAACAAAUGAAUGGUAUACAACUUUAAAUCAUUCUGUUGGAUCAACAGAUGAUAACAGUUCCACACCAUCACAUGGUGAAUCAGUGACCAACACAAUAUCGCAAACUACAACAACUUCGGUUGCCACAUUAAAGGGUUUAUCAACAAUCUUAACUCCAGGAACACAGUCAGAAACUCCAGCAGGAGCAACACCAUCAGAAACAGCCAAAUCAGUGGCUUCAUUAAUGUCAAAGUCAGUAUUAUCUACAACAGAGCCAUCCACAGGUGGAAAUCAAACCUAUGGCUCAACAACAAGCCGACACACAACACCAACAAACAGUACUCCAGGUUCUAUUACAACAGGAGUGACAAACCAAACUGCAGGAUCUGUGGACACACUGGCCAUUACAACUGCCACACAGUCUGGUCCACUCACAGCUGAUAUACACACAUCUACAACAGCCCUUACAUCAACACAAAUGCCAGCCUCUAUUACAGCAACACCAACUGAGCCUACAGCAUCUACCACAUCAGAAAAAAUAGAUCUGGUGCAACCGACAUCCAGAGCAUCAACAGUUGGACUCAUUCCAUCUACAAAGGAUUUAUUCACAACAUCAGCACAGACUUCAUCAUACGUGGCUACACCAACAGAAAUAUCUGCAGCUGUAACUACAAAUCCAUCAUUUUCAGAAGAACUUACCAAUUCUGUGACUGCUCACAUAAUCCCCAUGAACUUGAGAACUGCAACAUCAUCAGUACGUACUCAGAGUGCCUUAAUUGAUCCAUCUUCAAAGCUUGCAUCGGUUACAUCUAAGUCAUCAACAACAAUGACACAUUCAACUUCGACUUUGCAUCAGAAUACAAAUGUGGCGGCCACUUCAGUGAGUUUAUCAUCAGACGCGACACCUUCACAAAGAACAGAAACUGCUACUAACGAAGAUGCAAAUAGCUCUUUCACACCUUCACCAUCACCCGUGACUAGAGUUUUUUCAGGUAAUAUCCCUGCAACAGUGACAUUUAGCUCUUUACCAUCUACAGUAAUGGUGUCUCAAACCACAGCAGCAAUAGACUCGAGUUCCUCUUUGGCAUCGCCGGUUUCCACAGAGCAAUCAUCAUCAAACCCUGCCCAAGCCAACACAACAGGGCCCCAACUUAACUCUACAUCUUUUCCCUCGUCUAGGGCCAACAUAUUAUUUUUUAAGUACACACCCAAGAUUGCCACUCUUACCCCUCUUGUCUUUGAUUACCCAAUUGUGAACCGGAUCAGCUUUCCUGCUUCAAAUGCUUCAAACCCAGAAGAGCAAUCUCAGAACAACACAAAUCAGGCAGGCAGCACCUAACUCAUAGUCACCUGAUGGUCCCUGCGGAGAGCAACAACACAGAGAAAAAUGUGUCAAAGACUGUAAGAAAAUAUGUUGUAUCAGGUGACGUAAAAGAAAAAAAAAUACUCUGCUCUCAGCUUGUCUCGAUCUCAAAUGUCUGUGACAGUGAAAGACCUGGUUCUGCAAGCUGGAUGUUAUUUUCAUUAGCUCACCUGCCCAUUGAUGUGAAGCAGACUGUUACAUAGAUUAGAUAGGCCGAUAUUCAUCAUAUUACCAACACCUUCAUGGCAUUACAAGACUUGCAAGAUUAUACAAAAGUUAUUCAAACUCUAAAUGAUUAUCAGGUAUCGCAAGAAGUGUGAGAGUUUCAAAAUUAACCCUUUCAUGCAUGAAUUAUGACAACCUCAAUAAGGAUGUUUUUCUUAAGUACUUUUAUUCAUCUUUAGGCAUGAAAAAAACAUUUUUGAACUUCAUUUUUUUAAAGAGUUUAAGUUUAUGUCCACUUAGUGCACAUAAACUUAGUGUAUGUAUACUUGCACAUAAACCACUGUAGUGGUUUAUGUGCAAGUAUACCAUCAACACUGACACAAAUACAAGAAAACAGCCUUUGAAUAUCUGUCCACUAACGUGACCACUAUGCAUGAAAGGGUUAAAGCCCAUAUAUCACCUAUGUAACAUGUGUCCAGCUGCCUCUGUGACACAAAGAGACCUGGUGAUUGGCACAGUCUGGACAUUGCAGUAACAUUUCAAAAAAAGUGUGCUAAAUCUGAAUGAUAAUAGUUUUUCUAUAUCUAAUUAACUAUCCUUUGGCCACCACUUGUUUGGAUGUAUGAGUGCUACUCCGGAAACUGAAUGUCUGUAAGUAUUUUGGACUAUCAAAAAAAAAAAAUCUAUGAUA